UCCAUCUUGCCCGCACAGCCAAAACUACUAGAACCUAGUGAGUUUUUUUUUCUUUUUUGGUAAUUUUUAAGUAACCAGACUUCAAAUUUGUGCGGGAAUAAUGGAAAUCGGUCAAAUAAUAAUGACCGGCGACAUCGAAGUCGAUCACGAAGAGAAUCUGGAAACCGUAGAAGACGCGAUCCCUUUUCACUUGAUCAACAAUCAACAAACAUUCAAUGGUGAAGAACAAGCGGGCACUUCUUCUAGUUCUAACUCCAAAGGAGUGAAAUAUUAUAAGCAAACUUACAGGCCUGCUUGGGAACUUAUGCCUGAUUUCAAAGGUUGGUUGAAAGGUGUUAAAGGUGAACCUACUAGAGCCUUUUGCACUUAUUGCCGCAAAUCUCUACACGCCCACCGGUUAAGUUUACUUAAACACACUUGCACCAUAAGACAUCAAAAAGCUGCUCAGCUACAUCAAAACUAUGAUAUUAUUCCUGAAACUGUAAAUAAUAUGUCAGAUGAUAAUGAAAUCCAAACUGUCAUAGUUAAUGACGAUGGUUUACUAGUUGAUCCAUUGUCUUCAGCAGAAGAAGAAGAAGAAGACAAUAAUAGUAACAAUGAUGACGUCAUAUACAAUGAACAAGAAAACUCAAAUUUCACUGACUUAAAAGGCACAUUCAAUAUUUUCCCUAUAUCGACAAAUGUUACAGAUAUAACAAAAGGUUGUUCUGUAAUUGGUCUAGCUGUAAGCCUGUAUAAAUUAAUCGAUGGCAGGUGGACUUAUAUAAAUGAAGGUUUAACAGACAAUAAAGGGCGAUGUGCCAUUUUUUUCAGCAUCAACAACUUUUCAAGUGGCCGCUACAAGCUACACUAUGAUGUCAAUAAGUAUUUUGAGUCUUGUCAACAGCAGAGCCCUUUUCCUUUUGUCGAGGUUGUAUUUGAUUGUCCUUCGGUGUCCAAAUAUCAUUUUACUUUGUUGCUCGGUCCCAAUACUUAUACAACUUACAGGUCUAAUAUUACAGAAUAAAAUAGGGAGUUUAGCAACUUGACGAAAUAUGGAGAAUAAUUAAGUGAAUAAGAUUUUUGAAGAUUCAAGAAAGUUAACUAUUAUAAUAUAUAUGUGUCCUUGAUUGGUAGUUUUUGUAAAAAGAAAAGUUGAGAUUUAUAUUUCUAAGAACUGCAGACUGGUAUUGGUAUUGGUUUUUUUACUACUAACCUGAGAAGUAGUAAUUAUUCAAUCUAAUUUUCUCGGAAAAAAUUGACUUUCUCUCCCUAGGUUAAUAAUGAAAAUGACGUCAUGAUGCAAGGAUAUUGUCAUAACGUUACAGGUUUCUAUUGGUUUAAUUUCAGUUUCAAAUUGUCAAUAAAAAAAAAAAAAAAAACAGGUUCCUGUAUGUAUCAUAGGAAAUUACUAUAAGCUGCUAAUAGAGGGCAGCACUUCCAACAAGAAAAAAUAAUUUGGCCACAGAUUUCAAGCCUAUUUUUUAUUUUCUACCAUAGCAGUAGUAAAAAAAAUUCUAUAUUUUCAUCGGUAGAGAAAGUUAUUAUAUACCUUAAGCAUUAUAAACUUCGGCGUGAUUUCUGCAGAAACAGACCGACAGAUCUUGUGUAAUUCUAAACUACAACCGCUAAUGCAAACAACUGACCAAGGAAGAUACACUCUACUACUACAAGAUAGCCUAUCCUCAUAAGGCCAGUGUGGAAAAAAUCUGAAGCCCCCACCACGCCAAAUCACCAAUUGUGACGUAGCAACAUGUUUUCAAUUCUUUUUUAGAUCUCGCUUUCAUCUUCCUCUUUGCCUAUCAUGUUAAUCAAAAUUAAAUAUUUUUCAUCAUAAAUUUAAAUUCUAAACAACGACCGUUAGUGCAAAUAGCUGACAAACAAAACACAGCUAAUAAGCAAUCCUUAGCAGUGUGUAUUAUCCUUGGGUCAUGAAAGUAGUUCGUCGCGAAAAUCUGGUUCUAAUAAGGCCUAUUCUCGACAUGUUCAUUAGUCUGCAGGUAACGUUAUUACUAUCAGUAGCUGAUAGUUGUGACGUCACUCGCAUACCUUGAUAGAUUACUUGCGAUUCAAGCUGUGCUUUCGAUUGUGAAUGUAAAAAAGACAACUUUAACGUUUUGGGAUUCGCUUUUUUGAUCUACAAUAUAGAGAGUUCUCGUGCUGUCCAAAUUUCAAAUACCGUAACGCUAUUUGACAAGUAUGACAGCUCUUACGGUAUUAGGCUAUAUGACGGGACUUAGCGGAUGCCUUACCGUAACGCUAUGCUAUGUAAAAAUUAGUUCAUGCUCCAUUUCCGUCUGCAAGAAGCAAGAAUAGCAACUUCUAAUAAUUCCUUCAUAAAAAACACCAAGGGAAAAUUGAUCAAACUCCAUAUACUCAAACUCAGAAUCUUCA